AUGCAACCAGUGCCACAGGAAUGUCAUGGCUCAGCUUAUGGAGGUCACUUAGGAGCUUUCAAGACAGUGGUCAAGGUGUUACAAUCAGGGUUCUGGUGGCCUACUAUGUUCAGAGAUGCUCAGGUGGUUGUAUCAAGCUAUGAUCAGUGCGAAAGACAAGGCAACAUCUCAAAGAGAAGUGAGAUGCCCCAAAAUCCCAUCUUGGAGGUGGAAAUUUUUGACUGUUGGGGUAUUGACUUCAUGGGUCCUUUUGUGAGUUCAUAUGGUAAUAAAUACAUACUUGUUGCUGUUGAUUAUGUUUCCAAAUGGGUUGAGGCUGUUGCUUCCCCAACCAAUGACUCUAGAGUGGUGGUCAAGCUUUAA